GGAGCGCGCCGGCCACCGCCCGCACCGCCCUUCCGCCCGCCCUCCGGACGGCCGCAGCCCUGCGGGUCUCCGCUCCAGACCCACCCCCGCCCCACCCCGCGCGCCUCUGCCGCCUCUUCCAGAGACCCAGCUUGCUGAGCGGCCGCCGCUGCCGCUGUCGCCGCCGCCGCCGCCACCGCGCCAGGUUCCGGCCGCGGCCACCCUCUGCCGUCCAGGGCCCCUCUGUCCCGGCCCCGGGACCCCGGCUCCCCGCCAGCCCCGGCCCCGGCACCAUGUCGGAGAAGAGCGUGGAGGCAGCGGCUGAGUUGAGCGCCAAGGACCUGAAGGAGAAGAAAGAGAAGGUGGAGGAGAAGGCAAGCCGAAAAGAGCGGAAGAAAGAAGUGGUAGAGGAGGAGGAGAAUGGAGCUGAGGAAGAAGAAGAAGAAACUGCUGAGGAUGGAGAGGAGGAGGAUGAAGGAGAAGAAGAAGAUGAGGAAGAAGAAGAGGAGGAUGACGAAGGGCCUGCGCUGAAGAGAGCUGCUGAAGAGGAGGAUGAAGCAGAUCCCAAGAGGCAGAAGACAGAAAACGGGGCGUCGGCAUGAGCCCCCUGCCAUCGGGCUGGGGGUUGGAGGCCCCUUAGGGCCUGGAGGUGGGAGUGGGAAUGGACAAGUAUAGCCACUCUUCACCUGGCUCCCUGCUCUGGGCCCCCACACCAGAACUGCCACCCUCUUCUUCCUCCCCAGCCUUCUCAUUUCUGCCUUCCCAGACACUGCCCCAUCCAUCCUCACUCAGCCAUUGUUCCACCUCCUGACCUGCUCCAUCUGAGCUCCCCAGCUGGCCCCCAGUCCUUCCUGUCUGUCUCUUCCUCCUUCCCCCCAGCCAAUCCCACCCUCCUCUGGUAGCCGUUCUUACCCAUCCUCUGCAUCCCCCAGCCUCAUUUCCUGCCCCAUCCCUAUCCUGCCUGAUCCCUGGUUCUCCCUCAGAUCCCCUCCUCUCAGACAGCGCCAGGCCGGGGUGGGGCCAAGGUUGGGGCCAAACCCCACAGCUGCCCCCCUCCCCUCCCCUUUUUGUAUAAUUUAAUAAAGAAAUGGUCGCGCUUCUGUUUUUAA